GAUUGACAUACACUCACCUCAUACAUCAGCCUCGCAGCAGCCUCCCCUUGCCUCCAGGUGUAGGUCACGCGAGAGCAAUCGUUGACUCUUAAGUGCCUGUGUUCUGCUCAGGACGUUCAACAUGACUUCCUCUUCCAACCUUUCUCGUCGCUCUUCACUCAUCGACUACUUCAGCUCACUGCCGGUCAGAUCACGCCUCCCUAGUAUCCGGUCUCGCAAGUCUACUGCGUCAUCUACUAAUAACUACAGCGGCUAUACUCCAUACGCUGUGCACCAGCAAACCAUGUUUCCAGUCAUUCUGAAGGACGCAGAUGCUACAGCGAAGUUGCUCGAGUAUAUUCUCGAGUCACCGAAUGGCAGACGGUCGCUUUCUAGACUUGCCAGGACGUGUAAGGCAUUCAAGGAGCCGGCGUUGAACGUGCUGUGGAGAGAUCUGGACUCCUUCGUCCCGCUACUUGCGCUGUUCCCGAACAGUCUCCUCAGACGGGCUCGUCGUCCCGGGCUUGGAUUGGCCAAGAACCCAGAGGCCACGGAUUGGGAUAGGGUCCUUGCAAACGGCGAACGUGUUCGCAGCAUUGCAUACGUUGAAGCUUACAAUAACGUGUCGCCUUCCAUUUUCCCUGUGUUCGAAGAAUUCCGCCCUCGCGAUUACAUUCUACCCAAUCUCACGUCUCUUACAUGGAAGGCUGAAACUUCAGCUGGUUUGGAGAGAUCUAUGCCAUUCAUAACACCUGGACUGCAGUCUCUUACUAUCGAGAUGGGGGCGAAGUAUCCGAAGAUGGGCGAAUUCCUUGAGAAGGUCGUCUCCAAGACGCAACUGAGCUCCUUCUCCUUCACACUGCAUUCCAAUAUGCCCGAUAAUUUUGUCGAGAUACUCCAACCAAAUCGAGGUCUCGAGAAAUUGUCACUGAUGGCACCUGGAGCAUUGUCUGCCAAAGUAGGAAAGUGGACAGCAUGUCUUCCCUACCUAAAGUCAUUCGCUCUCGACUUAUCGAACAGGACGACUACUGCGGUGGAAGGCUUCUUCGACGAGAUCAACCCAGGGUCCGGAUGUUCCACCCCGAGUUCUGUGGGCGGGACUGAUAGCGGAGUUUUCUCUGGAGGAGAGGAAUUCGAUUUUUCUAGCAUACGCAAGUCUGCCAUGAAGAUCACUGGUGACGGCGGUCCCCCUCGUGGCGCUUUCAAGCAUCUGACUCAGAUAUCACUGAUCGGAGACACGUCCAAUAUCGCUACGUUCUUGAAGCACAUCACCAGUCCUCUCGUGACUAUCGACCUCUCUAUCGAAGACCCUCCAGCGAAGGAGGACUGGCAAGACCUAUGCAAUCUUGUGUCAGACCAAUUCAGCGACACGUUGCAAUACUUACGUAUUGGCGCGACCAGCACGUCGCGUUUCAACGAGCUCGUGCGAUCCACGUCGAGAGGCGGCGAGGUGCAAUUGAAACACCUACCCCUCGAACACUUCGCAUUCCUUCCACAGCUUGUACGUUUGGAGAUUGAUCUCCCAGAGUCCGCUGUUUUCCAUCAUCGGGACAUCUCUCACUUGGCGCGGGUAUGCCCCAGUCUUGAGGUCCUUCGGCUGUGCGGCCUAGCGAAGUUCCCGACUUCGUUUGGUUCACCUUUCCUCACGCUCGAGGGCAUCGUUCCUCUCACCACAGAGUGCAAACGACUCCACACUCUCGCCAUUGUCGUAAACGCAAUCGAGGGAAGGGAAGAGACGUUCCGCAACUUGGAAGCUUCAUCGCGUUCCUUGCUGCGUCUACACGUGGGGCACUCAUGGAUCAAAGAUCCCCUGCAGACCGCGGUCUUGCUCAGUCAUCUCGCACCUCACCUGGAGAAUAUCAAAUGGCUGAGUCAACCAGCCAGGGCCGGGACUGUGGAGGCGAAUGCUGCAGCUUGGCAGAAAGUCUCAGAAUACUUGCCCUCAUUGCAGAACAUUCGCCGCAUUGAACGUAGCUUGAUGCCAAAACAGGAAAUCUAUGUGCCCCCUCCGAAAGCGGAGAAGGCGGUCGAUGCGACUGUCGUCACAUCUGAGUGCGGCGUCUCCGCUUCGCCGGCAUACUCGGAUGGUUCCGUUCAAGCCAUGCCAUCUCUGGUCACAGUAGGAGUUGAAGCAAUGGCAGAGACUUCAUCAGUUGAGGUUGAUGCCACACCCGAGCUCGUUGACGAGAGUAUCCUCGCAACUCCUUCAUUCACCGAAACCGAGGUUGAUGCUCGACCGGACGUCGACGAAAAGGGCAUCGAAGCUGCCCCGUCCGAAGACCAGAUCGAAGAGUCUGACGUUUCCUCCCCCCAUAUUUCCCUCCCUCCCAUGUUCAGCACCGUUAUGCCUUCUAUCACUGGACUCGUUAACUUCCCUAUCCGGGUAGUUCGUGUCUACACCUACUACCUCUCACUACCCCUGAGAUAUAUGCUUUCCUUUACUCCCAAUAUGUCCAUGCUUUCUGGUACAAGUACCACCUAUGCCCAUGACGACCCCUCACAUGAAUCCAAAACUCCGGUUCCCGGAAGUCUCGAAGAUGUCAGCAACGGGACAGAGGGAAGUCUAUCGGAAAAGUCUAUGCCUUCAACUAUGCACGCUCCUCCUCCCCACAAUGCAACCGCGGACAUCCUUGCUGAUUCUGAUACUCUCGUCUUUGACAAUGCAAGCGUUUUCGCUUUCUUGCCUGAAUCUCGCAAACCUAAACGCCUGCCUAAAUCAGCACCGUUAGCCCGCCACGUGAAGAAAAGCGCCCAUGAUCACAACGCGACGCGUCAGUCCAAGCUAAAGCCUGCUGAGCCUCACUCUUCAUUCACCCGAACCAUACCUUACACCCGUUACUACGACAUGGCUGACGUUAAGAAACAAGAGAAGGACUACACGAAGGAGGUUGAUGCUCUUCUUCCUGAAACAAAGACAUUAGCAGAGUCGGGUAAACUUCAAGAAGCACUUGACAAACUGUUCGUACUAGAGAAACAUGCAAGAAAUGCUUCAGACCUGCCGUCGACGACCCGACUCGUGAAAGAGAUCAUCCAACUAUGUUAUGAUGCGCGGGAUUACGCACUGCUCAAUUCUAGCAUACAUACGUUGAGCAAAAAGCAUGGUCAGCUAAAGGUCGCUAUUCAAACUAUGGUCGAGCUGGCUAUGGGUUGGCUCGAGGAGAUCAAGGAGCGUGAAGGUACAGAGAAGUGGCUACAGCUUGUGGAGUCACUGCGAACAGUCACGGAGGGCAAGCUCUUCCUUGAAACACCCCGAGCACGCGUAACUCUGCUUCUCUCUAAAUACUAUGAAAUCCUUAGCCAGACCCCAACACCAGCGGCACCCUCCCCUAAAGAAUCCCUCCAAACUGCAUCCGACCUUCUUUCCGACCUUCAAGUCGAAACGUACUCCUCGAUGGAGCGUAGGGAAAAGACCGAAUUCAUCUUGGAGCAGAUGCGACUCUUGAUUGCUCUUGCGAAAGUAAAGGACAGCGAGAAAGACGUGGAAGGCAAGAAGGAUGCCGUCAGUGGAGGAGAGCAGGAAUGGAUAAAGGUGCGAGUAGGCGGUCGCAAAGUGAACGAGGGUUUCUUGGCGCUACCGGAGAACGAGGACUUGAAACUCAAAUACUACGAGAUGAUGAUUCAAUAUGCUCUUCAUGAAAGCUCGUAUCUUGAUGCUGCCAAAUAUUACCACAAGGUUUGGGAAGCUCCAAGUAUCAAGCAAGAUGAAAAGGGUCGCGCUCGAGAGACGUUGGAACAUAUCGUAUAUUACAUUGUUCUUGCACCUCACGACAAUGAGCAGUCAGAUAUGCUUCAUCGACUGUUCCAUGAUCCCGCGUUGGCUAAACUCGAACUUCAUUACGCCCUUGUCAAAUGCUUUACAACGCCCGAAUUGAUGAGGUGGCCAGGAAUUGAAUCCAUUUAUGGUCCUCAUCUGCGCAAAACCACAAUCUUCAGUUCGGAUAAACUCUGGGAAGAUCUGCACACGAGAGUCAUUGAACAUAAUAUCCGCAUCGUUGCCAAGUAUUAUACCCGCAUUAAGCUGCAGCGAUUGACGACCCUUCUCGAUCUCUCACCACAACAAACUGAAGAGACCUUGUGCCGACUGGUCGUGUCAGGGACAGUAUGGGCGCGAAUCGAUAGGCCUUCAGGUAUCGUUAACUUCCGAAGCAGUAGGAGCGCGGAGGAUGUCAUGAACGACUGGAGUUCGGACAUGCAGAGACUACUCAGCCUAGUAGAGAAGACUUGGAUGGGUGUGAAUGCUGCACAGGCCGCGCAGGCGAGAGUGAAGGCAUGAUGUAUUCUAUCCUAGUAUGUUCUGCGGACUUUUAUCAUUGCGCUUCUUGUAUCGUCAUCGAGAGACUGCG